AAACAUCCACUUUUUAUUUUUUUGUUUUUUCACCUCACUCCGUCUCCCUGUGUGUUGAGUUUUGUAGUGCAGGAAGUUAAAGCCUGUAGGCAUCCAGUUAAAGGAAAAAAUGUCUGAGGAAGAAGGAAAAAUAAUUUUAGACACGUUAAGUCCAAAAAAUAUGAAUACAAAACAUGCGCAUCCUCCAAAAAUAAACCUUUUCUACUCCCUCAACAGCAUACACAAUUUUUAUAAUCAUCUAAUCUCAUGCACGUUAAUAUUUUACAAAAAUGUUUCAAUAACUAAACUAUUACCUCUCACAAUCUGCUCUUUAAUAGCAAAUUAAAAUGCAAAAACGCAGCUCUUAAUCUGGUAAUCUGGUCCCUGUUUUCUGUUCCUUUCUAAAAACCUGUGUGAAAAUUAAGUAAGUGAACUGAAAAUUCUUUCAAAUCAAUUCAGAGACCGUUUUUUUUCUCAUUUAGUAGAUGAUCUCAGUUGCAAUAAAAUAGCGUUUUAUCUCACCGGAUGUAUUUGUUACAACGAUUUCAAACGCACCACACCAAAAUGAAAUCAGAAGGUACAUUAAAAUACAUUUAAAUUCUAAAAAUAUGUAGCUAAAAAUAUUUAAAAUAAUGUCAUUUGUACAAAAUCGUUUUUAAAAAAUAUUUUAAAAACUUUUUUAAAUUUCGUUUUACUUUUGACGCACGUUUUACGCACAUGACGUCGCUGUGCGGAAGUAUACGUUUGUGUUUACGAUCAAAAAACGCAGAAAGUUGAAAAAAAGUUAGUAAACUAAAUGGAUUUAAAGGUUCUGCUGCUUUUAAUGAGCGUCAUAUGUUUGCCUGAACUGACUUCACCACAGGAAGGUUGCGGCCAGCGGUUCCUGGUCGGUCCUCCAGGUGAGUCUCGGAUCGUGGGGGGGCGGGAGGCUCCGGAGGGGGCGUGGCCUUGGCAGGUGAGCAUCCAGCUGCAGUUCAGGCACCACUGUGGAGGCACCAUCCUCAAUAAGCUCUGGGUUCUCACUGCGGCGCACUGCUUCCACAGACUCCAAUGGAUCAGCACAAAGCAUUUUCGCGUGGUGGCAGGACUGCGGGUGUUGUCCGCUCCGGGAUAUCACGUCCAGAUCCGCGGAAUCAGCAAAAUCAAAAUGCACGAGGACUACAACAUCGUCACGGUUGACAACGAUGUGAUGCUGAUGCUGCUCAGUUCCCCCUUUAACUUCACCGACCACGUCCAGCCCGUCUGCACGCCCCAGAACGUGACCCACGAGUCCAUCCUCAGCUUCAGCUCCUGCUUCAUCACCGGAUGGGGCAGCGCCUACUACCAAGGGAGGCUGAUGAACAGAUUGCAGGAAGCUCAGGUGGAGCUGAUCAACAGCAGCACGUGUAACCAGAGCAGCUGGUACAACGGCAUCAUCACCGAGAACAUGAUGUGUGCCGGACUGGAGAGCGGAGACGCCGACUCCUGUCAGGGCGACAGCGGGGGUCCCCUGCAGUGCUACAGCGACAGGGACGAGAGGUUUUAUGUGGUCGGAGUGACGAGCUUCGGGGAGAAGUGUGGACUUCCUCACAGGCCUGGUGUUUAUGCACGAACCAGCAGGUUUGCAGGUUGGAUGAAGGCGAGUCAGGCAGCGUCAGAGUCUACAGCGCACAGAUCGAACGCGAAACUCCUCUCGGCUCUGCUCAGCGCCGCUCUGAUGCUGCUCUGAAACAUCCAGACUGUUUUAAAAUAAAUCUCCAAAUCCUUAUUCCAUCAUUUUUGUUUCUUACCAGUCAGUGCAGUUACCCUGUUAGAGGUGUCAAUGCUUUUUUAAAAAGGGUUUAAACACCCAAAUUUCUCAAUCAGCAUCUUAUUCUCCGUGAUGCUCUCCAACAUGAACACGGUUUUCUGCCAGAGUGGGAAUAGUUUAAUUUUUUUUCACAAGAGAGUUUCCUGCUUUUACAGGUGUCUGCACCCUGCCAGAUCUAAAAGUUAGCGGUAAUAAACAGGAAAAGGCUGGUCACAUGAUCUCGAGGGUUUCUCCAAAUCUGAUUUCAUAGUAUUUUAAGAAACUGUUGCUUUUGUUGAGGAAAGACACAUUAAGCUAAAUUCAUUUUCAAACAAGAACUCAGAGUGCAGUACUUCAACAAGGCUGCUCAAUCUUUGUAUCAUUUCCAACAGAUGAAAUCUUUAAUAAAAAAUGAUCUUGCGCUGAGCACAAACGUGUGUUAUGCAUGUGUACAUUAUGUAUGGAUACCGAAUCGCGUGACCUAAAUAUGUAGUGUUCAUCCAAAUCCGUUGGUCUGUUUUUGAGUAAUGUUGCUAACAGACAGACAGACGAAACAUAUGCCGAUCGUCAGCUUCCUGCUGAUGGUCACAUGAUUGCGAUCCUACUACAAAUCCACCGUUGCGGACUUAUCUGGAGGAAAUCAUACAAGGAAUAAUUGAUCAAAUUGUGGAGGUGAUUCAG